GUAUGGUAUGAUUCAGGGACUGUUGAUGCAAUCUUUCCCAAGUAAAACUAAAGCAAUCCCCUCCACCUCCAGAACCCUAGCCUAAGCAAAUUGUGCGUGCGUGUCUGCUGGGGUUCUACCUUCACUCAUCAUCGUGUGUUCCAAACACACGCCGGAUUCUUUCUUCUCACAACUGCAACUGUUCGAUCCCUAGCAAUGGCUGAUCGACUAACGCGUAUUGCCAUCCUCAAAGAGGACCGUUGCAAGCCAAAGAAGUGUCGUCAAGAAUGUAAAAAGAGCUGUCCUGUCGUCAAAACUGGUAAGUUGUGUAUUGAAGUCACUUCUGCAUCCAAGGUGGCAUAUAUCUCUGAGGAGCUUUGCAUAGGGUGUGGUAUAUGUGUUAAGAAAUGUCCAUUUGAUGCAAUCGAGAUCAUCAAUUUACCAAAAGAUCUGGAUAAAGAUACAACUCAUCGUUAUGGGGUCAACACCUUUAAAUUACACAGGUUGCCUGUCCCAAGGCCUGGACAAGUUCUUGGUUUGGUUGGCACAAAUGGAAUUGGGAAGUCUACAGCUCUCAAAGUUCUAGCAGGAAAAUUGAAACCUAAUUUGGGUCGUUUCAAUAACCCUCCAGAUUGGCAAGAAAUUUUGACCUACUUCCGGGGAUCAGAGUUGCAAAACUACUUUACACGUAUUCUUGAAGAUAAUCUAAAGGCUAUCAUAAAACCUCAGUAUGUUGACCAUAUCCCAAAAGCAGUUCAAGGGAAUGUUGGGCAAGUGCUUGAUCAGAAGGAUGAGAGAGAUGUGAAGGCACAACUUUGUGCUGAUCUUGAGCUUAAUCAAGUUAUAGAUCGUAAUGUUGGAGAUUUAUCUGGUGGAGAGCUUCAAAGAUUUGCAAUUGCUGUUGUCGCCAUACAAAAUGCAGAGAUUUAUAUGUUUGAUGAGCCUUCCAGUUAUCUUGAUGUCAAACAAAGGCUUAAAGCUGCACAAGUUAUCAGAUCCUUGCUUAGACCCAACAGCUAUGUGAUUGUGGUUGAGCAUGAUUUAAGUGUGCUGGAUUACUUAUCAGACUUCAUUUGCUGCCUUUAUGGGAAACCUGGAUAUGUGCCUACUGAAAAUCUUCGUUUUCGUGAUGAAUCCCUUACUUUUAAGGUGGCUGAGACUCCACAAGAGACAGCUGAAGAGAUUGAAACAUAUGCACGAUAUAGGUACCCAUCAAUGGCUAAAACUCAGGGUGGUUUCACACUUAAGGUGGUUGAGGGUGAAUUCACAGACUCUCAGAUCAUAGUAAUGCUUGGUGAAAAUGGAACAGGGAAGACAACGUUUAUCCGUAUGCUGGCUGGUUUGCUGAAGCCUGACACUGUGGAAGAUUCUGAUGUGGAGAUACCUGAAUUUAAUGUUUCUUACAAGCCUCAGAAGAUCAGUCCCAAGUUCCCUCAUUCAGUCAGGCAUUUGUUGCAUCAAAAGAUUCGGGACUCUUAUAUGCAUCCUCAGUUUGUUUCUGAUGUCAUGAAGCCUCUUCAGAUUGAGCAGUUAAUGGAUCAAGAGGUUGUUAAUCUUUCUGGUGGUGAAUUGCAGCGUGUUGCUUUGUGUCUGUGCCUUGGCAAGCCUGCGGAUAUAUACCUGAUAGAUGAGCCGAGUGCAUACCUGGAUUCUGAGCAGCGUAUUGUUGCCUCUAAAGUGAUAAAGAGAUUCAUCCUACAUGCUAAAAAGACUGCAUUUGUGGUUGAACAUGAUUUCAUAAUGGCAACCUACUUAGCAGAUAGGGUGAUUGUUUAUGAAGGGAAGCCAUCUAUUGAUUGUGUUGCAAAUUCACCUCAGUCAUUAUUAACCGGAAUGAAUCUCUUCUUAUCUCAUCUGAACAUCACGUUUAGGCGGGACCCAACUAAUUACAGGCCAAGAAUCAACAAGCUUAAUUCAACAAAGGACAGGGAGCAGAAAUUUGCUGGAUCUUAUUACUAUCUGGAUGAAUAAAUUUCUUCUCUUCUCAUGACCCUACCCUACAUGACUCCUAGCUCUGUCGCAUACAUAGCAUAGCAGUCGUAUAACCAUAGAGAGGCAUGAGCUCAUCUUCCUUCAGUUGUUGAACAUGUUUGAUGCUUGAUGUUUGUUUUGUUUGAAAAGAGAGUUUUAGAUGAUAUAGCAUAUGCAGUUACAUGUUGCAAAUGCUAAUAUACUUGUUUUAUAGUUUGUAAUUUCCGGCUUCCUCCAUGAUUGCUUUACUUUACUUUGAGCACAUGUUUUUUUAGCCGGAGGUGAUGAUUUUUGAGAUGACGAUGUUUGGAACCUGUUUCUUUUCUUUGGUGAUGUUUAUUUAUUUAUUUUGACGCUUAAAAAGAGAUUUUCAGGUGAGAAUGAAUAGAGCAAGAGACGAUA